AUGCCUGGAGUAGCUCGCGACGAUAUUGCAUCCUUCAAGCUUAGAUCAAGUGGAACAACCAUUGUUUGUGCAGCGAUUACAAAUUUGGAGCCUCUUACGAUUCGGGACAACUCGGGAACUUAUGAAAUUCUUAACUUUACUUCUCGAUGCAAUCCUGUAGAAGGAGAUGUGGGGCUAUUCCUAUUCAAUUGUAGUUCAUCACCGGCUACUUGUGAGCGUUUGACCGUAAUCCAUCCUGAUAUCGUACCUGUUUACCUUGCUCAAAUGAGAAGAUAUAAAGAAGAAUUCAACUAA